CCGAGAUCCGAUCGAGUCUUGAAAAUUCUUUGAAACCGCUCAAUUUCCCUACUGGACAAAUCAUGUUUAAAUUAUUCGCGAACAAGUAACCAUGACGUAAAGAAUGGAACAAGCAUUUCUUUAGCGCGAGCAGUAUCGACUUGGAUGAAGUGUUGAAUGGAAAUUCUAUAUCGAUUCUAUAGCAUUUAACUUCCGUUGGUCUUACGACUGAACCAACACGUUCAGUUUUCGGCCGGAUAUAUUUGAAACUGAUUGUUCACCUUGGCGAUCCAUCGAAACGCUUAACUAUGGCUAAUUUAAACUGAUCUACCGCAAGUCAAUGGUUCAAGGAAUAUCACAUCCGAAAAUGGCAUUUUUGCUCAAACGAUUUACACAGAAGAAACUCAUCGAUACUAAAUCACUCUCUCAAUCCAAGCUGUCUCGCUGUUUAUCCAUAUUCGAUCUAACAUCGCUGGGGAUAGGUAGUACUCUUGGUGCUGGAAUUUAUGUUUUAACCGGAGAGGUCGCUCGAUCGAUCGCCGGACCUAGUAUUGUUAUAUCAUUCUUCAUCGCAGCUGUUGCUUCCGUUCUCUCAGGACUGUGUUACGCCGAGUUUGGUGCCAGAGUACCUAAAGCAGGCUCGGCGUACAUCUACAGUUACGUGACUGUGGGCGAAUUAUGCGCUUUUAUCAUCGGUUGGAACUUGUUUUUAGAAUAUGUGAUCGGCGCCUCGUCCGUUGCUCGAGCUUGGAGCGAUUAUUUUGACUCCAUUCUCGACGGGAGAAUUCGAAAUUUUACUUUGGAACAUUUUGGUGAAAUUCACGCCGACGGCCUGUCAACAUAUCCCAAUUUUUUUGCGGUAUUACUUCUGAUGUUUGUAACUCUUGUCCUUGGGAUCGGUGUGAAAAACUCUUCUCGAUUUAACAUAAUAUUCACAGGCAUAAACUUAUGUGUUAUUCUGUUUAUAACAUGCGUGGGGAUAUAUUUCGCCAAGGGCGAAAACUGGACACGAGAUUUCGCUCCAUUUGGGAUAUCCGGUGUUUUCUCCGGUGCAGCAACUUGUUUCUACGCUUUCGUUGGUUUUGAUGUGAUCGCGACGACCGGCGAAGAAGCUAGAAAUCCGAGCAGAGCGAUACCGAUUUCUAUCGUGUUGGCUUUAGGUAAGGAACGUCGCUCAGUCGAAUUUGUUAACCUGCUAAUUUGUUUUACAAACACAAUGAAUAAUUCGGUGCCGACCGCUUGCCGGGUUUAAUUUGUGAGCUCAGGUGCGCCAAUUUUAUAAGGCUAAUAUUCUGACUAGCCUGCGCAGCAAGCGUUUCCGUGCGGUUUCGGAGCAAAGAACGAGGAACGAGAGUCAAAGACCGCGCGAAAAAUGGGGAACAAUGGCGCGAGUAAAAGAGCGGGGAGGGGGUGGGAAAGAAAGGUAAGGUAAGGUAAGGUAAAGAGUUUCCUAUCUUCCCCUCCCCUCCCCUCCCCCCUCUUUCAUUUUUUGGCUCUCGUUCCAUUUUUCGCGUGGUCAAAACCGAAAAUCCCAUUCCUCAGUCUUUCUUUGCUCCAAAACCAAAGGGAAACGCUUGCUACGCAGGCUAUAUUCUGACAAGCUCUUUUGAUUCUGUCUAAUACUGAUUUAUUAUAGAGAGAAUUAUUUAUCGUUAAACAGAGUUAAGUAGGUAUCCAGAUUUUAAAUUAUGCCAUUUAUAUCUUUAACACCAUCUGUCACGACACAUGUUCCGCUUUCAUUCAAUAUUACUAGUUCUGGGAUUGUUUCUUAGCCAACAAAACCCCAUAACAUUUAACCCUGUAAAACCCUAAUAUCAAAAUUAAGAUUCUCAUUUAUAGCCCCUAUACUUUUCAAUAGAAGUAGUAGGGAGAAUUUAUUAAAAGUUUUGCGUUUUGUUCGGUCACGAAGCUUCAUUAACCUUGUUUACGUACCGUAUUAUUCCGAAAAUAAGCCCUGGGGCAUAUAUUUUUUAAAAGCCCUUUCUGGAGGGGCUUAUAUUCAGAGGGGUUCAUGUACGAAGGAAAGUUGCGUUUCAAAAUCGGCUAGGCUUAUACUGGGAAAAAUAUGCGUCUCAAAAUCCAUUAGGUUAGCUUAUAAUUGGAACGAAAUUUAUGUCAGUAAUUUGCAACAACAAGUUUUUACUGAAACACGCCUUGAGGACGUAGAUCUUUCUAAAACUCAGCCAUGCAAGUACUUUGUCCAUAUGGACCGAGGAAAUCCAAGACAAGACUAAAGAGUACACUGUGACACUUUUUGACUGCAAUCAUUUGGCACACGUAAUAGUUACUCUACAGUUUUUGCUUCGUUUUAUUUUGAAUUUGAGAGCAAUUUCCCAGUACAAGCCCCCGGGGGCUUGUAUUUGGGGUGCGAUUUAUCGGAGAGUUUUUUGCGUUACGAGUUUGGGGAGUUUAUAUUUGGAGGAUCUUAUUUAUGGAAUUUUAGGGUAUCAGAUUUUGUGUGCUAUAAUUAAGCGGCUCUCAAAUUGAAGACAUCUGUAGCUAUAUUUCAGUGUAUUCAGUUAUAAUUCAAUCUUCUUGCACAUAGUCAAUCGAAAAAGUUUCUGGUUUUCCCUGUUUAAUUUAUUACGUACCAGUAGUUAACUAUGAAUUGCACCUGUUAUGGCACCCGUCGCCAAGACGGUGAUUGAAAUUUGACGCCGCAAAGGGUCCAUUGAAUGCGUGAUCUUUUUUUCUUAACUUAAUGUGUCUCUUGCCGUAAUUUUAAACAUCUGCAUUUUAAAUUUCUUUUUUAUGUAUUUUAUAUUGGACUUUUUGUUAGUUUCAAAAUGUUUAGAUUAAACUUCCGCCACCUGUUUGCACACGGGUUGUACCAGUUCCUCUACACCGUCUAGUUUUGAUACAUAGAGACAAGGAUUGUGCAAUCUUGUUUUCUUCUCUUUUUCUCUUUACUUUCAAUACUGCACGGUUCAUUGUCGAGAACAAUAAACAAGAGAGACGGAAAACAACUUAUCUUAUAUGGAUAGUAGUGAUAUAAUAUCUAAUAUUUAUCUUGUAUGUUACGGCAGUUCAGUUCAGCUGAGCUGUCUAUCCUGUUUCCUUGUUUCCUAUUAAACCUUGGCGGUUCUUCGAGAGCAGUUAAUCACAGAAAAGCUGGUAAAACCUGAAAAAGCUGGAAGACGGACUGGCCGGUGUAGCAUGUUCACACUUUCACCUAAGAAAUCGCCAAGCGCGCAUAUGAAAAUAAAAACCGCGAGGGCUUACUGAGCACUAGGCAAAAGAGGGUGGGCAGGGUGCGUUUAAAUAAGUUCUUGUAUUUCGAGCUCCGCGUUCUCACGCUUUUCGCUCGCUCUUGCGUGCUCCCUUGGCUCGUGCACUCGCAAACUUCGUCGAAAAAGAAAGAAAAUCGCCUGUGACAGGCUAAUGCUGUUGGGACCAGGUCUCUAACAGGGUUUGCAGAGGUGCGCGUUGACGGAAUUGCAUGAACAGAUCUUAAAGUGUUAAUUCUUUUUACUCAAUUAAUAUCUGUAAAUUUAUAUCUUUUGCAGGUAUCUGUUUUCUGGCUUUUUUUGGUGUCUCAGCCGUGCUGACACUGAUGUUGCCCUACAACGAAUUAUCCAAUAGAAGCGCUCUCCCUGAUGCGUUCGCAACUCGAGGAGCCCCGUGGGCCAAAUACAUUAUAGCCGUCGGUGCCCUCUGCGGAUUGAGUGCCUCCUUAAUUGGAUCCUUGUUUCCUUUACCCAGAAUGCUGUAUGCCAUGGCUAGUGACGGGCUAAUCUUCAAGUAAGAAAAGGAAUAAUUAUUCUCCGUUAUAAGAACUAGGAUUUUUGAUUUAAAUUUUGUAUCCCGCAUUCAGAUGUGCGUCACACAUAUAGCUCUUAUAUGGUUUAACUCUUCUAGUACUUUGAUUAAACGAUACUGACGAAAUUAUGUGAAGUUAAGAUGGGGAGGGAAUAUCACAAAGUCUAGAAAAACAAAUUUGAGCAUUAUCAAAUGAUAUUAUCUCCGGGUAAUGAUAAAAUAAGUGGCAAAAUGUUGGAAAAAUCACCAAAUCACGUUACAAUGUGAAAGAACGUCGACAGUCUUUUAAUUGAAUCGUUGGGUUCAAACUGUAGAAUUUGGGGGGGUGACCUGGCUUAAUGUGCAAUAUAACUGAGUCGCAUCUGACAGAAAAGGAAAAUUUACGGACGGACGAACUAGGCAUACAAACUUGACAGAUGGAUGGACAGAUUGAAAGAAAGAAAUACUUUUACCUAUCCUAACGAACGGACGGACAGACGGACAAAAAUCUGGUAGAAGAAAUGAUUUUACCUAUCCCGCCGGACGAAUGGAACGUACAGACUUAGGGAAGGACUAACUAAAGAAACUGGGCGGACAGAAACUCUGACAGAAAUUUUACUUAUCCCGAUGGACCAGCGGACGGACAGAAAUCUUUUAAGGACAGCAGGACUGGAUGGACAGACAGACGGACAGACAAACAGACUAGACGGACGAACAAAUGAACACGGACAGAUGGACAAAAAUCAUUUAUAAGAACUGAUUUUACCUAUCCUGGCAGACGGACGGAUUUACUGGAGGGACUCGACGGUGACGAUGUUAUAGAGUGGUAAUAUGCCAUCGAAUCGAUGGUAUAAUGCUCGCGUCUUUCAAAUAUGGUCAGCACAAGCUGGUUAUGAAGAAUUAGCCGGGGGAUUAAAGCCAAUCAGAAACGGCGACUUAUUUUGAAUGAAUACUAACUAACAUCCCGCCGUUUUUCUUAUUUGUUGUAGGUUUCUUGCCAAGGUGCACCCCAAAACUGAGAUCCCGGUAAUUGGUACAGUCCUAUCCGGGUCACUUGCAGCUUUCCUGGCCUUAAUAUUGGACCUUGAAGCACUGGUAGAAAUGAUGUCUAUUGGUACUCUGCUAGCCUAUACAAUAGUGGCAUUGUGCGUUUUGCUGCUCCGCUACCAGCCUGGUAGUAUAGGCAUUGUAAAGGGAGGGGAGCGAAUUUUCUCAACCAACGACGAAAGCUUAGAAGACGAACAAGAAAUGGCGGAGGAAGGCACUCGACUCACAGGUGCAUUGGAAAAUAACGGCCCAACUCUACAAACUGCCCGGCGUGCCGCCAUUGCAAUUUACUGCAGCCUCACCUUGUUUUUCUUCUUGAGUGUCUUUCUCAUCUGGGGAACCGAGGCUCUUUCGAAGGGUCAAUCAUGGGCUAUCAUUCUGGCUAUUAUCCUAGGUGUUCUUGUCAUUGCCUGCAUAGUGCUCCUUACACGUCAGCCCCAGAACAAAACGCCCCUGCCGUUUAUGGUGCCUUUUGUGCCUGCUAUCCCGCUCUUCUCAGUAUUUAUUAAUGUCUUUCUGAUUCUGAAGCUUUCUCACCUGACGUGGAUACGUUUUGGCGUUUGGAUGGCUAUUGGUAAGUAUCAGAGUAAAGUCAAAACUAAAAGUGAUAUA